AUGGCUUUGUUGUCAGACAAAGAUCGAACCGAGGGCGACCGGAACGAUGUCGACCGUCCGCACAUCAGUUUGGCGACCGGGCCUGUGCCACAACCUGGCCGCAAACCCGAGUCGAGGAACUCCAGCGCUGCGCCCCUACCGGAACGGCCCGGCGGCACAGAACCAUCAGAUGAGAUCAACUUGUUCACGCCCAUCUCCACCACGGCGACCGACACGCUCUGGCUUCCAGAUCUGCCGGCGAGUUCCGAUGACACAACACAGCGCAUUCGGCGAGGUCUAGCGGCCGAGAAGCACAUGACAUUUCUCAACUGCUGUCGGCGAUAUCCCAAGGCGAUUGGCUGGUCGCUCUUGCUCUUCCUCACUGUCGUCCUGGAGGCUUACGGCAAGGUCAUCAUCUCUGGCCUGCUCGCGUUCCCGACCUUCAAGCGGAAGUACGGACGACGAACGCCAUCCCUGGACAAGUUCCCAGACGAGAACUUUUACGAGAUCCCGUCCGAAUGGCAAAUAGCUCUGCAGAACGCGGCCGUGACCUGCGAGAUCAUCGGCUUACUCGCUCACGGGUACAUUACAUACGCGAUAGGGUAUCGAAAGGUGCUUAUUGCAACUCUGAGCUGGCUGUGUGUGGCUGUUUUCGCUGCUUUCUUCGCGCAAAACAUCGGUACUUUGGUAGCAUCACAGGCCCUGUGUGGCUUCAGUUGGGGUGUCAUCCAAACACUGGCAGCUACCUACGCUGCUGAAGUCGUGCCAUCUGGGCUUCGUGGCCAUAUCUUGAGCAAUGUCAACAUGUGCUGGGUCGUUGGACAGCUUCUCGGAACGGGCAUCCUGCGCGGUUUCGUCGACAAUCCUACGGAGUGGUCGUACCGCAUUCCGUUCGCCUUGCAAUGGGCAUUCGCGGUGCCUCUACUGAUUGGCGUAUGCUUUGCGCCUGAUAGUCCCUGGUGGCUUGUUCGCCAUGAGCGGCCGGAAGACGCCCGUUACUCUCUUCAGCGGCUCUCAAAUCGCGCGAGCCUUGCAAUCAACGAUACGCUUGCAAUGAUGGAGCACACCAACGCCAUCGAGAAGAAGCUGAACUACGGCGGCGCUACCUACAUGGACUGUUUCCACGGAGCAAACCGCCGUAGGACGGAAAUCUCAUGCGUGGUGUGGAUCUGCCAGGCCAUCUCUGGCGCUAUCUGGGCGGGAUACGCGCCCUACUUCUUUGAGCAAGCAGGCUUCAAUCCAUCGAACUCGUUCAACCUGUCGACAGGCAUGUACGGCUUGGCAAUCGUUGGGGGCAUGAUUGCUUGGGGCCUGCUGCUCAAGUUUGGCCGCCGAACGCUUUACCUGGCCGGAUUGUCGUCGGCAGUCGUUCUUCUCGUCAUUGGAGGCACGAUUUCGGCGGCCGGGAGUGGCGAUUCUGGCACCUCGUGGGCCCUGGGCGUUGUGAUCAUCCUGGCGACAUUUACCUACGAUUUAACACUCGGUCCCGUCUGCUACAUCCUGGUCGCAGAGGUCCCUUCGACUCGCCUACGGGUUAAGACGGUCGCGCUCGCCAGAGUCGCGUACAAUCUCGUCAUGCUCGUCAACCACGUCCUGGUCCUGAAGAUGCUAGACCCGACGGGCUGGAAUCUCGAGGGCAGGUCUUGCUAUGUGUACGCGGGAGCGGCACUCAUAUGUCUAGUCUGGUGCUACUUUCGGCUGCCAGAGACGAAAGGCCUCUCGUACUUGGAGCUGGAUAUCCUUUUCGAGAAGAGGGCUCCAACAGCCAAGUUUGUGCAGCUUCGGGACAAGCUUGCCAAUUCGGCCUAUUUUUCCAUGUCCAAUACGGAGCGGCUCAGGAAUACGUGGCAUGGCUGGCUGGCAUAUUCAUAG